ACCAAACAAGUAAAACCAAAUAAAAAUGCUGAGUUUGCAAUUAUCAAUAAAUGAAAAAAAAUAGAAUACUAAACAACAAGAAAAGACUUCUAUGGCAUUUUAAACCUUUGACUUUAAUUCCACCAGAACAUUGGGUACACUAUAAACUAGGGAUAAGCUAAUAGGUCUUAUCUUUUAGCCAAUUCUUCUCAGUUAAAAGUGACUCUCUGGAAAACUAUGUUAAGGAGAAUUCUGAGCACACAUAUGGUUUCGUUGGGAAACAGUUCCCUGCUCAUUUCCUGAUGUACACUACAGGUACAAGAGGGAAUGUGAUGCUGCAUUUGACUCCUAAUACUGCCCCUUGUAAUUUCAAACUUGUACUUUCAAAGUGGAUUGCCACUGCCAAGAAAUAAGUGGCCAUGGGACAAAACAGCUUGGAAGCAAGGGUCAGGCUGUGCUGCUGGGCUGAUUGGCUGGAGUUCAUCACCAGGGCUUUCAUUAGUUACUAUCUUGAUCUCCUCUUUCAGUUGUUAAGCACUUAGACGCAACCCAAUCCCUAAUCUGCCUUAAGCAGGUCCUAUAUCAAGGGAAGAAAGGGACACAAUUAAUGCAAGAACCUCUCCGCAGGCCCUCCUCUGUAUGUCAGGGCUUCAGAACUCAUGAACCAUCCUGGAGGAAGAGACUAAAGGAAGCAAAGUCUUCAAGACUCCACAAACAGAAAACAAAGAUCAAAGUCCUGAAAAACUGCUUCCUCUUGGAAUCUUCAGCUGUCAAGUCCUCCCAGUAAGAUGUCCUUGGAGAAGAUGAAAGAGCUUCAGCUGGAGGAAAAAUUUCUACACCCAGAAACUACAGAAGUGAAUGGAAUCCUCAUGGCCAAAAUGAUUAGUGAUAAUUGGGACAAAAUCUGGAAUUUCCAAGCAAAACCUGAUGAUCUCCUAAUUGCAACCUAUGCAAAGGCAGGCACAACCUGGACACAGGAGAUUGUGGACAUGAUCCAAAAUGAUGGGGAUGUGCAGAAGUGCCAGAGGGCCAACACCUUUGACCGCCAUCCUUUCAUCGAGUGGACACUGCCCCCACCCCUCAACUCAGGUCUGGAUCUGGCUAACAAGAUGCCUUCUCCUAGAACUCUGAAGACUCAUCUGCCUGUUCAGAUGCUACCACCUUCCUUCUGGAAAGAAAAUUCAAAAAUUAUCUAUGUGGCUAGAAAUGCCAAGGACUGUCUGGUCUCCUACUAUCAUUUCUCAAGAAUGAAUAAAAUGUUGCCUGACCCUGGUACCUGGGAGGAAUAUGUUGAGACAUUCAAAGCUGGAAAAGUGCUUUGGGGUUCCUGGUAUGACCACGUAAAGGGAUGGUGGGAUGCAAAAGACCAGCACCGCAUUCUCUACCUCUUCUACGAGGACAUGAAGGAGGACCCAAAGCGGGAAAUUGAGAAGAUACUGAAGUUCCUGGAGAAAGACAUAUCAGAGGAAAUUCUGAAUAAAAUCAUCUAUCACACCUCCUUUGACGUAAUGAAGCAAAACCCAAUGGCCAACUAUACCACCUGGCCCACCAGCAUUAUGGACCACUCCAUCUCCCCUUUUAUGAGGAAAGGGAUGCCUGGAGACUGGAAGAACUAUUUUACUGUGGCCCAGAAUGAAGAAUUUGACAAGGACUACCAGAACAAGAUGGCAGGAAGCACCCUAACCUUCCGCACAGAGAUCUGAGAGCAGUCAGGGAGUUUGCCCUGGACUUUCUUACCAGAUUUUUGCCAUUUGAGCCUCAUGAUCAAGGAUACUUAAAACAAAGACACGCUUCCUCCAGUCUGAAGCUGUCACACACUAGCUGUAGAUCCUAUGCCACUGUGAUAAUACUUCAUCAAAAUGUAACCAAAUCCUGGGUAGAGUUUUUAAUUAAGAUACAUGAUCUCUCAUUUAGACACCAAACACCUAAUGUACUCGCCUGUCCUAAGGCAAAAUAAAGGCAACUUAGUUCCAUCACUAGUUUACAAUAGUGAAAUAAAUAAAACAAUAAAUAGGAGUAGAAUUUCUACGUAAGAGAAAGUGAGCAACAGAAGAAUGAGGAUGAGAAGUGGGCACUAGGGAGAAUGUGAGGGGGAACUGGUUUUUAUUUUUAAAGGUCAGGAAUGAGAGGCAGAGGAUAGUCCUACUCUUGAAGAUAUUAGAUUAGGAGGUGCAGAGCGUGGCAUGAAGGAUGGAAUGCUGUCAGCUGGGUUUCACUUAGGUGGCUUCAAGCUGAAAUGGUUCCCCAAAAAAAGACAAAGGCCACAGGAGAGCGAUGAGGAACACAAGAGGAACAAGAAACUCAGCCUACUUCCAUGGUCAACACAAGGCUGGAAAGCAGAGAAAGAUUUUUGUCUUUCAGAUGGACUUCUGAGAGAGAGAGGAAGUCUUCAGUGAGCUCAAGAGAAAAAUAAAAUAAAAUAAAAUAUUCAGUAAAUCAUGCACAUUAAGAAAACCUUAGAUUUGACAUCUCUGUGGAAAAUCGCUUUUCAUACUUUUUUUAAAAAGGGCUCUUAGCGAAACUGUCAGCAUUGCCAAGUUCUUCAGCUGUACUAAUGAUUAUGUUCUUUUCCUUCUUUUUAUUAAAACCUGUACCGAGAAAAUAUUGCCAUCAUUUAUAUGAGCUAUACAAAGAUCCAUGUAUUAUUAUUUUUUUAAUGUCAGGAAGGUACAUUUUGUGGGAUAGGUGUUUUCCUUACCAUUAAACCAUAAAACACAAAAAAAUUAUCUACUCCACCCAGUAACAAAGUACACCCCUUUGCAUUUUUUCAUCAUUCCCUCUCUAGGGUAAGCAUGCAAAUCAUUAACCACAUGACAAAUAUCCCAGUAUAGUAUUUAUGCAGAGUUCCAGCCUGCACUGAGGAAAGAUAUGGUGAACUGAACCAGCGUGAUUCAAUAGCAAAUAAAUUUUUAUCAGGAACAACCACACCAAAUGUCUUGGGUUCACGUUCUAAGAGCUGCCUAACAAUUUUAGAUAGCAGCACAUAAUCACAUAAUGACUCCCUUUGUGACUAUGAUAGAAACUGGACACAUGGGCAGUAUUGAUCAGAAUAUAGGCAAUAGGUCUAGAGUUUAUGACUAGACAAAACUUGCUUUUCUUCCUUUAUAAACUAAUUUUUUACUUUAAUUGUAAAAAUACAUCCCAUUCUUAUAUUCUCUAUAAAUUUCAGCCACAGAAAAUAUUUCUAGACUCCUCUUUUACAAAACUCUGCUAUGUCCUUUUAAACAAUGCUGAAAGUACCAUGAAGAAAAAUUAAUGAUUUAAUUCAAUCUUAAAAUAUCUUUGGUCCAGCUGCAUAAAAUAAACAUGAUGAAGAUGACCCUCCAUGUAUCCUAGAUAAUCUUGUGUUCUGAUCACUUAUUACAUACUUAGAGAGAGAGAGAGACUCCUAAAUAUACCACAGUCAUAGAAGAUCAAAUUGUAAAUGUUCAAUUUACUUUGGAACCCUUCACGUAGAAGAAAAUGAAAAGCAGCAAUGGGUAGUUAGACUCAUAAAAUUUUAGAGUGAGAAUUGCAAGAGUCAGAAAGAUCACAUCAUUCAACAAUCUUACUUUUCAGAUGAGAAGACUAAGAACCAGGGAGAGAGGGAUGGCCCCCACAAACAGGUCAUGCAGACACGCUUAAAUCGGGAUCCCCCAGCCCCUGGCUAGCUCCCCACACACUGCAGGAGUCACACAGAUUGUGAAAGUCUUCUCUGCAGACUUCAUCUUGCACUCACUCACUUCCUCUUAGCACUUGGAACUGCUUGGGUGUUCUAUGGAUUCUUUCUGAUUACAUAAGAAAUUCCAAAACUUUUCUAAUGACCUACUUAGAAAAACAACAAAGCCUGAUGGGAAUCCACUUAGAAAGGCAGCUCUUCCAAGAGAGGGUCUCUGCAUCAGAGCGUCUUGGAGAUGUCUGUGAGCAGGAGGGAGCCCCCAGCAGAAACUGCCCUUCCCCAAAGCUGAGUAAAGCCCAGUUCUGCCCUCCACCCCUGUCGAGGCUUCUGGGAUUUCUUUGGCUUGUAGGUACCAGGCAGAUAUCUCCUGCAUCCUGCCCAAUCUCACCACAUCUCCCACAGGGCCUGCUCUCAGUGGUGUGGACCGAGCUCCCUAUGCAGCCCCAAAGGCUAUGUUCUACUGCUCUUUUCCUCAUUUUACCCUUAAUAAUCUAGUGAGGGUUUUGUUGUUAAGGGAACUUCAAAACAUCUGAGGCAAAUUUUACUCCAAAUAAACUCAAGUAUGGGGAAUUCCAGGAAACAAAUGACAGAGAGGAGGGUUAGGGACUGGAAUGAAAAUCCUUAACCCUUUCUAGGUGUUGUUAAAAUGAUCACCUGGGAGGCCAUCGGACCUGAGUGCCUCAAGUGUCCCGGGUUCUUAUGGAAGUAAAGCAAGACCCAACUCAGUUUCACUGAGGAUUCAACCAGUCAGAAACCACCAGUCAAUCUCAGACUAGGGACUUUUCAAUUAUUGCUCCACUUUGACCAAUUAAACAUUUCCCCUACCCUGCUUCCCAUUCACUCUAUAAAAGUCUCCCCACAUGCUCCUUCAAAGGAAGCCUGAAUCAUUCUGGCUUGGAGUGCCAGAUUCAUGAAUCAUUGCCUGCUCAGAUAAACUCUUCAAAACGUUAACCGGUCAGAGUUUACCUCUUAACAGCUCCUAUUCUAUUUUUUUCCAGCUUGGUAGAAUUAGAGUUCAUACUUGAGGAGUCUAAUGAUCAGUCUUCUCCAAAGAGGUUUUCCAUCAGUGGAAGACCCUCCCAGCCGUUCUCCGUUAUCAGUGCCCUUUCUCUCUCUACAUUCGUGGAUUGUUGGUCUAGGCUCACAGAGGUUGAUCUAGGCCACAGAGGUGUCCUGUGGGCCAAAAAUUCCAGCCAUUUAGUAUGGCUGGGAGCUAUGAAAAAACUGUUUUUAUACUUUUAAACAGUUGUUAUAAAAACAACAGAAAUGACAAAGAAGAAUAUGUAACCCACAAAGCCUAAAAUAUUUGCUAUCUGAUCCUUUACAGAAACUAUUUUCUGACCCCUAGUUUAGGAAAACCCCCCAGCAGGCCUGUUCUGUACACAGAGGCCCUGGAUGACCAUCAACUCAGCCCUGCUGUAGGCACUACAGCCAUGCAGGCACCACUGUUGCACACCUGCUCCAUGGAGAGAGGGCAGAGGAGGAGAGAAGGGAACAAAAAUUGAGUAAAGCCAAAUUUGGUUUUACAAAUGAAUAAAUAUUAACAAACACCCUAGGCCCAGCCGUGGCUGGAACAGAGCAUGCUGCAAGACCACCAUGCAUGGCUGGCACAAACAUCCAAGCCCUGGAGUCCUCUCUUCCCUCACAGCCUGCCCUGUCAGCAGUGCUUUCUCCAGUACGUACAUCUGGGCUCUCUCAGCACAUGGUAAUGUCUUGCCUCUCACUGGGUGCUUCAGAAUCCCUCCUCAGGAAGAAGAGGCAGUGCUCCCCAGAGACCUCUUUUCAUCAAGGAGGGCUAAGCAUUGGGCUGAAGGCAGCAGGAAUCAGGGACCCUCCAAUGGGUCUAAGAAAAUCAGGGGUCCUCAGCUGUCUGCAGGCCAUCCUGGAGUGCUGCGUCUUUGUUGGCAAUGUGGACUGUUUCCAGCAGAGUUGUCUCCUUCAGGGUCAUCACUCUUGUCAGUCUCUGGGCACCACCUUCCACCCAGGGGGCACACUGGGAGAGUAGAGGUGAAGUGGUUGCCCCUCCUCGGUGGUGCCGGUUCUCUUCCUUCUCGCCUUCCACCCAGCCGACCCUGGCCCAUGAUCAGUCUCUGCAUUUCAGUGACUCCCAAGCACGCUGUGGCUUCCACUUUCCUCAUUCUGAAGCCUCUUCAUGAGAACAAUCAACCAUUCAUGUUCCAUCUUCACCAUAAGGCAAGCAAGAAAGAGAGCCCUUGCCUUUCAUGAGAUUCUUGGCAGUCCUCUGGGAAAUCUCCCUCCCCACGCAGCCUCUCUGCAUGUGCCCAGGGCCACCACAUCUUCUCGGGGACACACUCACAUGGCCAGGUCCUGGAAUUGUCUUACAUUGACAGCUGGUUCUUGGAAACCCCAUGGAAUGUGUCACACCAACGUCCUCCAAACUCUACCAAGCAGAACUCAGGGAAUUUAGCACUUUCUGUAAAUCUCUAUCUGCCUUGGUUGACCAUCCCUGAAUUGACUCGUCUGUGCCUUAACUGGGGUUAAGUGAGGAAGGUCCAGUCAGAGCAGAGCAUGGUUUGAGUUCAGACAAACAGAAGAUGUGUCCGAGCUACCCCAGCUGACAAAGGCAGCUGGCCUCAGUCGGCUCAAGCUGAGUUUGUGGGUUGGAUUGCACUGGGUCUUAUGUGGAUGAAGGAGAAGGCUCCUGAAGAUCCGGAUAUGUGAAUAUAGGUGUCCUGGGUGAGGAUCGCAUGGGAGUCCCAGAAAUCCAGACGUCAUCAGACCUUCCUAGUCUUCUUCCCGAAGUUCUGAGGAGCACUCCCAACAGUGGGAGCCUGUGCAUGGUAAAGGGCCGGACUCCCUUUGAAACUUGUAGGGGAAGUACGCCCAGUUCUCCAAGCCAAGAGAGGUCCCAGGCCACCACAGCUCUCAUCCUCCCGAGGCAGGAGUUCUUCCUCCACCCACCUUCCCAUCUGGAAGCACCUCCUUGGAAGUGGUGUACAUGUUGUGGUCCCAGGAAUAAGCAGGUGGGUAUAGAAGGGACCAGUGGUUUUGUGGGCCAUGAUGGCAAGGACCGUAAAGUCAGUGCAGGUGCAGUUUUCAGAUGGUGACCUGAACAUGGCCUCCAGCCAGAAGGUGAGGAUCAAGAAGGGUUAUGCUUGGCUGAUGGACAGCUCUCCAUAGGUUAGGUCAUCCCCAGUGUGCAGCUGGAUUGCUGUGGGCUUGUGGGUCAUCGGGCCUCCAGGAGCAGUCAUUAGUGAUGUCCACUCACAGAGUUCAGCCCUAGGUACAAAGUUUAGCAGAAAAAGGUGGGCUAACUGACUAGGGUUUGGUCUACCCCUAGGUUUAAAACUCUAGAGUCCAGCAUGUCCCUAACCAGAAGGCCACUGGCUGCCCCC